AUGCAUAUUUUCAGGCUAGGACACGAGGGUCAAGUAUGUUCAGGGGAUUAUUUAAUAAACGGAGAUACUUCCCCAUCUCCUUAAGACGAUUAUUAUAUACAUAAUCUACAAACUAUCAAUAUAGAAAGGUAAUUGUUUUUCGAUCACUUUUCAAUUGAAGAUCAAGAGAAAGCUCAUAAAAAUAAAAACCACUUCUAUAAACUUAAAAAGCAGUUUCCUGACUAGAAUCAUCAUUACAAUAAAAAUAUCAAGAUCAUUGGGGGUUUCGAUUUAAAUGAGGAAAGAUUUGACUCUGAUUAUAAAAAGCAUUUCGUAAUGCAAUGGGAAGACUAUAAGAAAAAGAAUCAGCCAUAUUAUCAAACAGCAUUAGCAGCUAAAUAGCAUUAAUAAUACAUGGAAAUGGUACAUGGGAAGAAAAGAAUCGAAAGAAAUAAAAGUAUGAUAGAUAGAACUAAAUCAAGAGCUAAUAGUGUGAUAUCAGAAAAUUUUAACUCAGUCGUAAAGAAUUCAACUCGAAAUAACCAUUCAGGUUUAAAAUUAAAUUAAACUGCAGUAAUAAACAACAAAAACUCAACAAUUGAUUUACUGUAGUAGUAUGAUAACCAAAAGCAUGAUAAUGCUCUUGUAAUAGGAGAAGUUAAUGUCAUUCCUCAGAAAAUGUAGGAGGUAAAACUCAUUUAAGAUUAUAGAAAAAAUAAUACUAUAGAUUAAACAGAAUCGCCUUAAAAGUAUAUAAAAAUGGAUUAGAGAUACAAUUAGUCUAUUAGCCCUUAAAGGAAUGAAAAUAGCAGUGAUAGAAUACUGCCGUAACUAGAGAGGAGCAUGAUAAACUUAUAGUAGCAACAUAAUAAUUAAACAAUAGAUCUUACUCCUAUAAAGCUGAAUUAAUAAAUGCCAUCAAAUCUUAACCUCAGAAAAGAUUCAUUGCCGAAUUUGGGGAAGCAAAGAUAUUUAUAAAAGCUAUUCGAUGAGUCAUACGGCCCAAGUAUCAAGCCCUCAUACGAGUAGUACAGAAAAGAUCCUAAGAUGUAUCAAAAAGAACAAUCAAUUAGUGCAUAUCAGAGUAAUGGUCAAUCAAAAACUUUAAUAAAUGAUGCUUCAGUGUAGGGUAUAGAAUAGAUAAAAUACUACAAGAGACUUGACGAACAAAUAGAAAGACAAAAAAGAAUUUUUGAGAAGCAUUCUUCGACAAUUUCAUCUAAUCAGAUUAUUAUGGAGAAGAAGAAAAUAGAUGAUGCUUUUACUUUGAAUUUUAAGUCAAGCAAUUAAUAUGAAGGUGGUGCGACUUCCUCUCUAUAUGGAAUGACAAAGAAUAAUGUAUCUACGGCAGCUAUUUCUAAAUAUGAAAUCUAAAGUCAAUAUAAAGACCUUAUAGAUCAAUAUAAGAAAACUUCAACUGAUUAAAAGAAAAGGUAUAACAGUGUACUUAAAGAUAAUAGUUCUAGGAGAAUGCUAGAGAGUCCAGGUCUGUCUAUUGGUCACGGUCUAAAUAAUGAUAAAUCCUAAUUGUUUCAAACAAUAUAUCUCUGA